UUUUUUUUUGCAAUGUCUGACACUAUUCGAUUUCCAAUGUCUAAUCAGCCUGAAAAGAAAUACGAUGACAUGACUCCCGAGGAGCGUGCUGUCUUUGACAAGCAAGAGGCUGAGCGUGAAGAGGCUGAGCAAUCCAAGCUUCCUUACACAUGGAAGCAAACUCUUCAGGACGUAGAUGUGAUUAUCCCCGUUCCCAAGGGAACUAGGGGCCGUGAUCUUGAAGUUGUUCUGAAGAAGAAACAAAUCAAGGUGGCCCUCAAGGGCCAACCCCCUAUCAUUGAAGGAGAAUUGUGCAAGGAGAUUGCUGUCGAUGAUUCUACAUGGACAUUAGAUAACCAGCAGGAGAUCUUUCUGCAUUUGGAAAAAUCUAACCAGAUGGCAUGGUGGGAACAUGUUGUCACCAGUGCACCCAAAAUAAACACUAAGAGAAUCCAGCCUGAGAAUUCCAAGCUUGGUGAUCUUGAUGGCGAAACUCGCGCAAUGGUUGAGAAAAUGAUGUUUGACCAGCGCCAAAAGGCUAUGGGCAAGCCUGACAGUGAUGAGUUAAAGAAACAGGAGAUGUUUUCCAAGUUCAAGAACCAACAUCCAGAGAUGGAUUUUAGCAAGGCAAAGUUUAAUUAAGUUUAUUUUUUUCUUUAAAUUUUGCUAAUAAAAAUAAAUAAAUCAUAUCAUUGAAUUGUUU